GACCGAACUGAACGGCCCCAGGACUGUAACCGCGGUUGCCUACGGUUUGGUCCUGGUUCGACAGGACAGCGAAAUUUUGGGACGGUCCCGGUUCUGGUCCUCGAAAAAUCUGAACCGAACCCGACCGUGGCAACGGUGGUAGAUUGUGCAGAGCAGUUCCUGAAUACUUGCCGAACUGAAGCCACACCAACUUAGAAGGAAGGACAGAAAUGACGUAUUGAGUCUCAACACUUCGGGGGCGCACGUGGCCGAAUGACCUAGUCGUUUCUCGCGCGCUCCCAUGUGGGCGCCUAACGGUUUUAGCUUCCUUUUCGUUCCCCGAAGCGCGGUUCUCCAAAGACCAAGAGGCACGAAGGAGUUCGUCUGGCCAACAUUCUCAGGUGCCGUUUCAACUAUCCCAGGCACGCUCCAUUGCGUCUGGCCAACAAUUCUCGGAGCCGGCACCGUAUCACCCAACCCCCGUACACUCCCCCCUGGAAACGGUGUAGGAAUCCCUAGAUUCCGAACCCACGCAACCUCAUGCUUUAGUUUCUCUACUUUGUCAUAAUUUUUAAUCUUUUGAUCCGUGCCCUUGCGCCCCUAAUCGGGCAGCCUCCACGUGCACGUUAAAUAUCAACACACACACACACCUGGUCGUUUCUGUCCUCCCGAUUUCGCCACAUGGGAAAGGAUUACUACACAAUACUCGAUGUCCCAAAGACUGCCACCGAAGAUGAUAUCAAAAAAGCUUACAAGAAACAAGCUCUCAAGUGGCACCCAG